AUGCCCCACUUCCGUCUACGCCGCUUCCCUCCGCCAAGAGCUCCGCCAAGGUCAUCGUCACCCGAGGACCACCACCCAACCGGACCGUCUUCGCUCUCUGUCUUUUUCUGCCUUUUUCGAAUCCAGAACCCUCAAGAAAGUGGAAUGGUCUCCAUGGCCAAGAUACUCACCACCCGCCAAGUUCAGCCAAGUCAAGCUGCCAUGUCUACCGCCUUGGUAACACCAUCCGUGCCCAAUCACACUCUUUCAGUCGGCACAAUGACCGAAUGCCCUUUUCUUUUGCAAGCUUUCAUGUCCAAGUACCCUUAA